AUGACGCCGCGCGCGCUUAUCGCCCUCGCGGCGUUUCUUGCAGUCUCUUGCACUGCCAGCGAUGAACAAAAAGACAUCAUCUACCAACUCUCUGAUGAAAAAUACUAUGAGAUGCCGCAACUCUUUCAUCUCGAUGAGUAUAAUGGCUGCCUGGCAACGCACAACGCUUACUGCCUCGGCAGUUUCGAGCUCUCUGCAGACGCCAACAACAAAUUGUUUCAGACCAUGCAGCGUUUUACAGCAAACUGGGUGGACAACUUUAACCACACUCGACUGCACCGGGGGCUGUGCCUUAACCGCAGCUGCGCUGAGCAAGCGCCGCUUCCUUCGACAACCCUGCCGCUGCAUCAUGAGCUGAAAGCAUGGUUCUCAUCGUGCGUCAACGAGACCAUGCAAACUUCCUACGGGCUUCGGGCCCAUUUGUAUCAUCUGGAGUACUGCAAAAGCAGUACACCGAAUCCGAGCCGACCCCUGAACGCCAGUGAGAAAGCUUUCGCCGCAGCCGUUGCAGCAAUUCUGGCUCUGGCUGUAGUUAGCACUACUCUGGAUUUGACCUUAUCCGAUCACGCGCGUAAAGGUGCAGGUUGGACUUUGUCAUGGUCGGUGCGACAGUCGUGGAGAACUCUGACAGCGCCACCUACCGCUCCGGCAGACUGUGAUUUACGAAUUUUCGAUGGUCUACGCGUCUUCUGCAUGCUGUGUGUCAUCAUCGAACAUGUAUGCUGGCUCGCUACGCUAUCUUACCUAGCUGAUACCAGAUAUUACGAACAGACACGGCGUGCAGGGGACGUGAUGCUGAUGACGAACAGCACGCUGGUUGUGCAGAUAUUCUUCAUCAUGUCGAGUUUCCUGCUCGCCCACAAAUUGCUGCAGGACCGCUCAUAUUUACCGCCGAUACGAACGUUCUUUACCAUGAUGGUUAAUAGAAUUAUAAGGCUAAGUCCAAGUUACUUUCUUGUGGUAUGGUUCGCAUCGAGCUGGUGGGAGCGGUUGGGCGGCGGUCCACAGUGGGCUCCAUUAGUCUCUACCGAGGCACAGAUAUGCCGAAAGAAGUGGUGGAUCCAUCUGCUGUACCUCAAUAAUGUGUUGAAUCCUGAUGAUAAGUGCCUUAUACAGACCUGGUACCUAGCAGCGGACACACAGCUCUACGCAGCGGCAUUAGCGCUAACACUGUUGCUGCGCAAUCGCAAAUGGGCCACAGUUGCGUUGGGAACACUGCUGAAAGAUGGGGAGCUCUACGUUCACGAACCCGCCCACCCAGACCAGCACGUUAAAUAUGUGCAUGCGUCGUAUGAAGCUACAGACAUCACAAUAAACAAGUCUGUACGCGCUACGUAUCACGGCGACGCUUCAUUCAACGUGCUAUAUCAAUCGCCACUUGGUAACGCGGUGGGCGCACUCUGUGGUCUGCUGUUGGCUCACGCGCACCACGCGCUGCGACGUGCGGGGCUGCGGCCCGAAGAAUGCCAGAUUUUCCGCUGGUUGUCAGUAUUAGCUGCACCCUUUGCUGUAUGGUGGAUCGCGCUCUCUCCUCUGCUGCUGCCUGCGGGCCCGCCGCCACGCGGUGCCGCUGCCGCACUUGCCGCGUUCGAGAGGCCCGUGUUUGCGCUGCUUGUCGUUGUAGCGCUUCUUGGUGCUAUUAACGGAGUUCGAUCUCCGUGGCGCACAUGGCUGUCGGGGCGCGGCUGGGCGAUCUUUGCGCGUCUCUCGUUCGGCGCGUUGCUUCUUCACAUGCCACUUAAUAAAGCGCUGCUCGCCGCUAGACUAGCACCCGCGCAGAUCGACAGAAGGAAUGCCGUAAGUGCUUUCGAUAUUUUAGAAUUAUAA